AUGAAUUUUUUUGCGACGUACAUGAAAGCAUACGAAGCAGUAAGCAAAAUGGUUACGCAUAGAUUCAAUUCCAAAGCAGUUCGCAAUUAUCAUCAUUCCCAAGGUUUCAAUAGAAGCUUGACAACUCACAAUGCAGCUAAGGUCAGGGGCAUGAUUCCAAUAAAAAGAGAGGGUGUUGGAUCAUACAAGAGUUCAAGCAGUAAUCUGACGAAUAAGCUUGGGAAACAAAAGACGUGGAUAAAUGAAUUUGAACAUUUUAAUUCUUUACAUAAGAUUGCAUACUCCUCAAAUAAUGUGUUGAAUGAGGAGAUACAAAAAUAUCUGAAAGUAUUGAAAACAAACUACCAUUUGAUUCAUGAAGAAAGUACAAAGUCACUAGAUGAGAAGCUGGCAGUUGUCAAUAAGGAAUGGAUUGUUAAAGUUGGUCAUGUACCUGAAGUGUCGAAAGAUGACAACGAGAAAGAUUUAAGAAGGCAGUAUUUAGCACAUGUUAAUGAUGUGAAAAAUGAUCAUGUACCGAUGAUAAAUUGCCAACCUGGCACUUCUCAAUUCACAUAUCUCUGCAAUACAAUCGAUUUAUUAUCAUCCAACAAAACCAUUUGUUUCGCGAUUGAUGUUGAAGCAUUUGAAUUUGAUACAGAUAUUGUUACCGAAAUUGGAAUUUCCAUAUAUGAUCCAAGAGAAAACGUACAUUCUUUGACGCCGAUCAUAAGAAGCUAUCACUUAAUUGUAGCAGAGGCAUUACCGCUAAGAAAUAAAAGAUUUGUAUGCGACUUUAAAGACUGCUUUUUACUAGGGGAGAGCCUUGUAUUACCAUUAGAGCAUUGUGUGGAAUUCAUUCAAUCGUUGAUUAACUUCUAUAUGAAAUAUGAGACAGAGCAAGAUUCAAGUUGGGAAAGAGCGUUUGUAGGCCAUAGUAUAGCGGGUGAUAUUAGAUGGUUGAAGAAAAUCGGGGUACAUGUACCAGAGUUAGAUGGCGAGCUUAAUAAACCUGACGACAUUGUAGAGGGCAAAUGUGUUAAAAAACACAUUAAGAUGCUGGAUACAGAGAAAAUUUAUAGCAUCUGCUAUGGUAAGAAGGGCAGUAGUUUAGGUAAGCUACUUAGGUUAUUUCAUAUGCCACAUGCCUUUUUACAUAACGCAGGCAACGAUGCGUACUAUACAUUGCUCUUGAUGUUAAAGCUAGGUGAUUUCAACUUCAGGAAGCAAAUUGGUGCCGAUGAUUUAGAGUCAAUGGGUUAUAGGAUAAGAGAAUGGUUCAAGCGUGAGAAAGACGAACCGAAGAUCUUACCAAUGUCGUACGUACUGAGUGUUACGAAUGCUAACAACACUAAACCGAAGGCUAAUGAUAAGGGCAGAAAGAAACCGAAGGAUCUUGUGCCUCAAACGGAAUUUAGUGGGUCGCAAUGGUUUCAAAAUGCUCGCGCAGCAUUUAAAAGUACACUUGUCUGA